AACACCUGUGUGAAACCUGCAGUCUGUUACAGGGAAGGUUGACUGUAUGCCAUGGUGGUCCUUAACGCCGAAUUUCUCCGCGUUUUAGCGUAAAUAAAGUGAACUCCUGCGGUGUAAUUGGCUGUAGUCCUGUGCUUUUUAACAUGGAAGAAGAGACGGCUAAGGAGACAGUUAAAACGCCGGGCAGGAUGCCGCUGAACGCUGGAGACCCCGGGUACGGCAGCGUGCCCGGCCCCGGGCUGGCAGUCGCUGUGGGGGAUUCGGAGUCAGCCCCGUUGCUCAUCCCGGAACCAGCAUCAGAGCCGGUCCAAAGGUGGGUGCCCAUGUCCAAGGAGGAGUUGGAGGCGGCCGCGGGAGGUCCUGGGUGGAGGAAGGUCCGUUGUUACCUGGUGCUGCUGUUCUGGAUGUCCUGGGUUGCCAUGCUAGCCACCGCCAUUGCAAUAAUAGUAUUGAGCCCAAGGCCGGUCGCUACUGAGCUCAAGUGGUGGCAGAAGUCCCUGUUUUAUCAGCUGCAGCCAGACCUGUUCAUGGACAAGCAGGCCGACAGGUCGGAGGGCAUCAAUGCCCUGUGUGAGCAGAUUCCCUACCUCAGGGUCUUGGGUAUAGGUGCUCUUAUCCUGGACGGACUGUUUGAUAAGGGGGCAGCUACUGUAAACCUCACGGCAUCUCAUGAAAAGUUGGGGACUUUGCCUCAGAUCCAGCAUCUGAUCACAGAGAGCAACAAAGCAGGUCUCAGAGUGGUGCUUGACUUUUGUGGCAUGGAUGUCAUUGGACCUCAGGAUGUAACAGACAAAUCGUCGACAAACCACUCAGCUACAGAACACCACGGACUCCGGUUCUGGUUGCAGCAGGGUGUGGCAGGCUUCGCAAUCUGUGACACAGAUGCGACAUACUCAGAAAAGACUCUGCUGGAGUGGAGGAGUGUCCUCACAGAAUUCAGCAGUAAGGGGGAGGAAAGGAUUGUGGUGGUUAAACAGACCAGAGAUGUACUGCUUCCUAUAAACAACACUACACUGGUAGAUGUGGUCAUGAGAUCAAUUCUACCCUCUUCAAACAGCCUCCUGUCUGCAACAGAAGUUGCUAAUGCUAUAGAGAAACACCUGCAAUCAAGAGAAGGCGACAUAUGGCCCAGCUGGACAAUUGGAGGUAAAGUCUCUCCUGACUUGAAGAAGUUGCUCCUGGUGCUGAUGAUGACACUGCCUGGAUCACCUGUAGUCCAAUAUGAUGAAGACCUGGACCGGAGACAGAACAUGUCUCUGAGAGUCGGCUCAUCCACUGCAGCGAGCACACCAUCAGACAGUCAGACAGACAAGGAGAAGAGAAAGCAUCUGGCUGUAGCUCUCUUUAGCUCUCUCAGUCACUCCAGAGCCAGAGAAGAAGCUCUACUGUAUGGCAGCUGCACUUUCCUCCCCUUCAACGCCUCCACUAACGCCUCCUCCUCCUCAAAUUUGUCCCCUUCACCUCCUCCUGUCCUGGCCUUCCUGCGCUCCUGGGGUUGUGUCCAUUUUCUCAUCCUGCUCAACGUCGGGCCAACACCUCAAGCUCUGGAUCCUGCCUGGGCGCCAAGGUUGCCCAAAGCAGGGGUGUUUUCAGCCAGCACGGAUAUGGACCGUUUGGGGACGACCACUCUGGACCUGCUGGAACUGCGGCCCCAUGAAGCCAUCGUCAUCAAACUGUUUGAGUCAGGAAGCUACUCGUAGAGCUUCUCUGAGGAGGUUUGAGAAUUUCUCCUCAAACAAUGAUAUAUGUUUGAGAGUUGGUUUUAAGUUCUGAAGAUAUGUGCUUAGAGGUCACUGAAAAUAAAAUUAGUCAGCUCUAAAACCACACAGAGUCUGUUUAUAUCAACACAAGUUCACUGCUUAUAAACCACGUAGAAACAAGCUGUUAAAACUCUUUGGGUGUCAUGUACCUGUAAGACAUGGAUAAUUUUCCUGUUUUCACAACAUGAAAGAAUUUCAGAGAAGAAGCUGCAUCUGAGUUAACUUGAAUUUCACACUGAUAAUACACUGAAUAAUUUUGAAAUUUCAGCCUCAGUUUCUCAGAAUAAAUGCUUCACAGCAUAAACUAGGUAAAACAGCUGCUGUGGUUUUACUAUUAAUCAUCGUGUCAGAUCUGAUAAAACAAACCACACUGUGAGCCAUGAUUAAUCCUGCAUAUGAGUUCUCAUUUAUCGGGCCUUGUGGGGGACCUUUGAAUAAAGCAUGUCUGGAAAGUAAA